AAGAAAAGAGUACGCAUGAAAUAUUUGAUGAAAUACUUGAAAUAGUUUUAAAAGUCCGUUAACAUUAGUAUAGAGUAAAGGAAAGAAAAGGAAGGAAGAUAGUAGACAAAGAAACAAGAUUGUUUCCAAUUUGAUCCGAUGGGAAGCGCUGCGGUAGCGGGACGCGGCGACAAGUGCGAGGGGUAUCGGUGAUUAGGAGGGAAGAAGAGGAGGAAGAGGAGAGAGAGAGAGAGAGAAGAAGAGAGGGCUAAGCCCGUGAAAAAAGGACGAAUGGUAGAAAGAGAAAGGGAGAGGGAGAACAGGAGCGCAUGCCGCAGCCACGGCCCCCAACUUGCCCUAAACUCGUGCGAGCAGGCUCUAUCGUCGGUCGAAUUUUAAUGGCGGCUUAUUCCCGACUCCCUGUUUAGUGUUGUGUUGUGGAGUGAAUCGAUGAAUACAUUGUUCGAUUGAAUUUUACACACGUGCGGCCUGGGCGACACGAAUGAACCCUAACUUAUUGUCAAAUAUAUAGACAAAAUAAAAGUUUUCAAUUUGUGUAAAAUACAACGGUGUUCCCACCUUAUACACACAAGUAUAUAGAAAAUAAUUCGAUCGAGGAUACAGAGGUUCACGAGACAUGGUGCACAUCCGCGAUGUGCCGUAGCCGUGGCAAUUCACCACCACCACCUCUCAUCGGAUUCUUCAAUCUUACAACCGUUUCCUACGUCUUCGUUUUUACGUGGAAAAGGGGUACCGGACAGUGAGCAUCAUGUCGGUACCUGGCCAUACACAUUGCUGGUAGUAACGUGUUCAUAUUGGCGUUCUACCAGCGGUUAUUAUACCCUAACUAUACCUAUUAAGCUUCCUACCCUAGCCUUGCAUACGCACAAACGCACACGCCUAGCGUGCGCGCACGUGCUUUGCUAGGUGUCGUAUACACACCAUGAGAUUCCUGGAGUAUAGAACAUUUUCUAUUUCAUCAAUAUUUUCACCUUGCUGCUUGCUGCAACCGUCCUUCCAUGGAUCAUUAUUUUCGUCCAUGUCUGUUGCCACUUGGUUUUUAGUGGUAUUGGUAACUGCAGCAAUAGACACCCCUGCUAGUACUACUGUACCACCACAAGAGAAUAAAUCACCACACAUUGCUGCACAAUUUCCUGCUGAAGAAAGUCAACAAUAUGGAUUUUAUGCCUUAGAUCCAAAUACAACGAGAGAAGGUGCCCUACGAUUUAAUCAUCUAGCCAUAGAUCCUGUCACAAAGAGACUCUAUAUUGGGGCUGUUAACAGACUCUUACAGCUUGAUUCAAACCUUAAGCUCGAAGAACAUGUUUCAACAGGACCAAUAUUGGACAAUCCUCAGUGUCAUGCUACAGGCUGUUCUCCAAGAGAUACAACAACAUUAAUGAACAACGUAAACAAACUUCUCAUUGCUGAUCUCGAAUCACGGACCUUAAUUGCAUGUGGUUCUCUUCGUCAGGGUGCUUGUGAAAAGUACAAAAUGUCAAACAUAACUACUAAGCCAGAAUUUAUUCCUCUCAGUGUAGCAGCUAAUGAUGAAACCUCUUCUACGUAUGCUUUCAUUGGUCAAAGUUAUAAUCCAUGGGGAAAAACAAAUAUCCUAUAUGUAGGUACAACAUUUACCAACAAAGGAGACUAUCGGCACGAUGUACCUGCCAUUUCGAGCAGAAAUCUUCGUAAUUUAGAAAUUGCUGAAUUUUCAUUUACCAAACAAUCGAUAGUAUAUAUAGAUGUUAAAUAUAGAGAUCAUUUCUUAGUCAAAUAUGUCUAUGGAUUUAAUGCGAGUGAUUACGCAUACUUUGUAUUAGUACAGAAACAAUCUUAUCUUCCUGAGCAAGAAGAAUUGGGAUAUACAUCUAGAUUAGCAAGAAUUUGUAUAAGUGAUCAAAAUUAUGAUAGUUAUACGGAAGUGACAUUGCAAUGUACGGUAGAUCUAGGAGAUGGAAAACAACAUCUUUAUAAUUUAGUACAAGAUGCUAAGGUUGCAUCAGCAGGAAGCGAUUUGGCAAUGCAGCUUGGAAUAUCUGUUGGUGAUCCUGUGUUUGUUUCUGUGUUUUCUCCGAGCAAAGGUAUUACAAAUGAACCUUUGUCACGCUCAGCAGUUUGUAUCUACAGUCUACAGGAAAUUGAAACGAAAUUUAAUGAAAAUAUUCAUAUGUGCUUCAAUGGUACCAUCAAAUAUCGUAACAUGGGUUACGUGAGUGGUCCGAUACAAGAUGGAAAAUGUCCUUCGGCCGGUAAUACCGGAAAUAUUCUUAAUUUUUGUGAAGUAGGCUUGAAAAUUUCUGGCGUAUCACCUAUUGUAAGUCAAGCAAUUUUACAUUUUCCUGAUACAUUUGUGACUUCUGUGACCGUAGCAAAUACAGAAAGCCAUACAAUAGCAUUUUUUGGAACUGACGAUGGUGUAUUGAAAAAAGUUUUACUUUCUGCAACUGAAGCAUUUGUUUAUGAAAGCAUUGUAAUUGACAAAGGUCAAAGAUUAUUACCUGAUACAGCAAUCUCUCCAGAUGGAGAACAUUUAUAUGUAUUGUCAACAUCAAGAAUUUCAAAAGUCAAAGUAGAACAUUGUAGUAGUUAUACAAAUUGCAGUAGUUGUCUUGAUGCAAAAGAUCCUUAUUGUGGUUGGUGUUCCUUGGAAAAAAGAUGCACAGUUAGAGGUGAUUGUCAAAAAGCAAGUCAUAGUAGUCCAAGAUGGUUGUCCUUAGGCACUGGUCAACAGUGUAUUGAUUUUGAGCAAGUGUUUCCUGAUCAUUUGCCUAUCAAUCAGAUGAUUACGGUUCAGUUAACAAUUAGAACAUUACCCGAAUUGCCAGCAGGUGCUAAUUACAAAUGCGUUUUUGGCAAUGCAGAACCAAUUGAUGCAUUGAUGACUGUUUUUGGCCUUUCCUGUCCUACACCACCUAUUUCAGAAAGGCCUAAUAUAAUUGAUGGAACUGAUCACGUUCUUGUGCCAUUAUCUGUUCGUUCAAGUGAAACCAACAAAGAUUUCGUUUCACGCAAUUUUGCAUUUUUCGAUUGCUCCAGACACACCGUAUGCACUGAAUGUGUCAAAUCUCAAUGGGCGUGCAGCUGGUGUGUAUAUGAUAAUAAAUGUACGCACAAUACAAGCUGCCAAGGUAUAAUAUCAGGAGAAAAUAAUCAAGCACAUCUUGCUGCACACGGAGCUCAGUACUGCCCUAGAUUCGUACCACAGAAGGAACCUUUGAUGUUACCAAACAGUGUACCUAAAGAAAUCAUUUUAGAAGUUGAAAAUUUACCACAUCCACAAGUUGGCCACAGUGGUUUUCAGUGUAUCGUUACGAUAGAAGGAGCUAAUUUAAAAGUUCAAGCAAGAGUUGAUAGCAGUCGUUUUAUAGUUUGUGACAAAACAGUAUAUUCAUACGAAGCAUUUACGGGAAAAUAUAAAGCUGAAGUAACCGUCGUUUGGAAUGCCAAUCAUUACGUAGAUCAGACAAAAAUAAUACUUUAUAAAUGUGAAGUACUUGGAUCCCAUAGAGAGCAUGCAGACUGUUCUCUCUGUUUAACGAGAGAUCCACGAUUCGAAUGUACAUGGUGUGGGAAUAGUUGUGUGUAUAAACAUUCUUGUUUGCAUGCAUUAUUUACAGAAUGUCCAAAACCUAGGAUAGACAUGAUCAAGCCCCUAAGUGGGCCAAUUGAAGGUGGAACGUUAGUCACCAUAGAAGGCAGUAAUUUAGGAUUAAUGAAAAGUGACGUUGAAGGAAAAAUACAUAUUGGAGAUACCCCAUGUACUUUGAUGGACUAUGAAGUGUCCGUUCGUAUUGUUUGCCGAACAGGCCAACAUGAAGCAACGGAUACAGCUUCUGUAGUCGUUGGUAAUGACGCUGGAUUUACAGAAAGUGCGGUGUUGUUUAAUUACAAAGAUAUACGUCUAACUGGUAUUUAUCCAUCUGUUGGUCCACAAAGUGGUGGUACACAACUAGCCAUUACUGGUAUGUAUUUAAAUAUUGGAAGUACGAUAUCUGCGUAUUUGGAUGAACUACCGUGUCACGUGAAUGCAACGCAAGCAAGUAGUACAAGAUUAACAUGCGUUACAAGUAAAUCUGGUCGUGUAAGAAGGAUUCAUAAGUUAACUUUAUCCAUUGACGGAGCAAAUCGUACAUUGGUAAAUAAUCCAUUUAAUUAUACACACGAUCCAACUAUAAUGGAGAUCAAACCAUUGAAAAGUUUUGCUUCUGGGGGACGAAUGAUAACCGUUCACGGUACGAAUUUGGAUACCAUUCAAAAACCAGAAAUGGAAGUUUAUUUUGAAACUGAAAUUAUGCCAGUUAAUCGUACCAUUUGUACGGUAUUAAAUCCAACACAAAUGGAAUGUCCAAGUCCUAGUGUUGCUGGAAGAUUUGUAUCUCUUCAUCGUAACGAACGUACGGCAACAGGUAUUUCACAAUCUAUGAGAGUUGAAUCUCAAUUAUCAUUUAAAAUAGCAUUUAUUAUGGACAACGUGGAAAGUGUUAGAGAUUUGGAAAAGCACUUUCAAAGUCUUAGAAAUCGUUUAUUGUACGUCGAGGAUCCGAAAUUUUUUCCAUUUCCACGUAAUGUGAAAUUGUAUAAAGGUGAUACUUUAGUAAUCGAAGGAGAAAAUUUAAAUUACGCAAGUGAUGAAUCUGACGUCAAUGUUACCGUUGGUAUGAUGCCAUGUAACGUUACUUCCCUUGCAUUGUCUCAAUUGGUGUGUACACCACCUGAUCAACAACCCGAUUCUACCGAUGAACUUGGAAUAAAAACCGAAAAUGGUUUACCCUUGGUAGUAGUACGUGUUGGAAAGAGUUUACGAUUUCCUAUCGGGUAUCUUCAUUACGAGGUUAUCAAAUCUUAUCCAAUACCACCGGAAGCAAUAGCUGGUAUCGCUGCUGGUACAUUUGGUCUUAUAUUCUUGUUCAUUUUGGUGUUAAUCAUUUAUAGAAGAAAAAGUACACAAGCCGAAAGAGAAUAUAAACGAAUACAAAUACAAAUGGAUACUCUCGAAAGUAACGUUAGAAUGGAAUGCAAACAAGCAUUUGCCGAAUUACAAACUGACAUGACAGAUCUAACAGCUGAUCUCGAAUCGUCCGGCAUACCAACACUCGACCAUAAAAAUUAUAUUAUGAAAGUCUUUUUCCCUGGUGUUAUAGAUCAUCCAAUAUUGAAUGAUCAACGAUCACGCAGCAAUGUCUCUCGCACAAAUUAUGAUGCUGCAAUGGUGCAAUUUGAACAACUUAUUAAUAAUAAAUACUUUGUAUUAACAUUUAUUGAAACGUUAGAGGCACAAAAGGAUUUCAAUAUACGUGACAAAGUUAACGUUGCUUCAUUAUUGAUGGUAGUGUUAAUGGGAAAAAUGGAAUACGCAACUGAUAUACUUAUGAAUUUAUUACUUAGACUGAUCGAGAAAGCGGUUAAUACGAAACAUCCACAACUUAUGUUAAGGAGGACAGAGUCUGUAGUUGAAAAAAUGCUUACCAAUUGGAUGGCACUUUGUAUGUAUAAUUAUUUGAAAGAUUACGCGGGUUCGUCGUUAUUUUUAUUAUUCAAAGCUAUUAAGCAUCAAAUAGAAAAAGGUCCUGUGGAUGUUAUUACACACGACGCACGUUAUUCCUUAUCCGAGGAAAGACUUUUACGUGAACAAAUAGAGCACAGUGUUGUGACGUUGCACGUUGUUCAAGAUGAUUUGGAUGAAAAAAUUCAGUGCAAGGUUUUAGAUUGCGACACGAUAAGUCAAGUGAAAUCUAAAAUUUUGGAUGCACUAUACAAAAAUACUCCAUUUUCGUUAAGGCCGUCCAUUCAUGAUGUAGAUCUAGAAUGGAGACAUGGUCGUGGUGGCCAUUUAACACUUCAAGAUGAGGAUCUGACUACCAAAUGUAGCGGCGAAUGGAAGAAGAUAAAUACGUUAGCUCAUUAUGGUGUCAAGGAAUCUGCUGUAAUGUCUCUUAUUCCUAGACAAAAUGAUGGCUUUCCUGUUUCUUGUAAACUACCAUGUCAUGCCUGUAAACCAUCCCAUUAUCAUCAUCAACAACAACCGAUCCAUCAUCAUGGUCAUCAUCAUCAUUUACAUCGGCAUGCAAAUCAUUGUUCGUCCACUCAUCUUCCAUCCGCACCAAAUCACAGCUUAAUAAGUCCUAUAAUGUAUAACCAUCCUGUUAGCGGGUGUUAUUUUGAUUCUCAACAUUCACCGCCGAUAAUAACGGCGAAUGGUGACGUCGAGAGUGGGCACGGAGGUAAUCAACGAUUAUACCAUUUGGUGAGGCCUAUAGAAGAAGUACACUAUCCUCCUGGUAUGGGUUUCACAAGUAACAAACACCACCAUCAUCCUGAACGAACGCACAAAGCCAUUCCUGAAAUAUUCUUAACGAGGUUGCUCUCAACCAAGGGCACUGUCCAAAAAUUCGUUGACGAUUUUCUUAAUACGAUAUUGACGGCUAAUGAAGCACUACCCAGUGCUGUUAAAUGGUUAUUUGACUUACUCGACGAAGCUGCUAAACAACAUGGUAUUGUAGAUCCAGAAGUGGCACACGCGUGGAAAUCAAAUAGUUUGCCAUUGAGAUUUUGGGUGAAUUUUAUUAAAAAUCCAGAUUUCAUGUUCGAUAUUAACAAGUCUACGACAGUCGACUCCAGCCUCUCUGUAAUAGCACAAACAUUUAUGGAUUCGUGUUCCAUGACUGAACACAGAUUAGGCAAAGAUUCUCCGUCAAAUAAAUUAUUAUUUGCCAAGGAUAUACCACAUUACAGAGAAAAGGUUGGUCGUUUUUAUACGGACGUACAGAGGCUGCCAUUAAUAACAGAUCAAGAAAUGUCUAGUGCCAUGCAACAAUUGAGUGCGUCUCAUGCUAAUGAAUUUGACGUGGUUUUAGCAUUGAAAGAACUGUACAAGUAUGUCAACAAGUAUUAUGAACAAAUCUUAGAGGCCUUGGAGACAGAUGCAGGCUGUCGCAAAUUACACCUAGCACAUAAACUAGAAAACGUAGCAUGCACACUCCAAGGGGAAGAGACUAGUGCCUGCUGACACAACCUCCUACUUUCCAUCCCAGGACCUAUCGACCUCUCCAGAAACACUGACUAGUGCCUCCACUUCAUGCAUCAGAUACACCUCGUUUACAUAUGUACAAAUAUACACGCCAUGUGCAUAACAAUGCCGUAAGUAUGUGUGAUUUUGCUAAGGAUAGCCACGUGAUAAUAGUGCACGGGAUGUUGUCAUAAAUCCUGCUGCAGUGUUUUGUUUGUCUCAUUAAAAUUGUGCACUGGCGAGAUGAGAGAACAUGCAUAGAUAUUGACACAAACAAAGUUAUAUUGGCAAUUGUAAUCCUUAAACCUAAUUUGUAAUAUAAAUAUAGAGGUACUUUAAAAUGAUAAAAUGAAUGCCUACUGUAAAAUAUAUUGACGAUAAGGACGAGCGACUGAAAUACUCAUUUGAAUCUCAAUGAUAGUGUAUGUGUGAUAUAUUGCAUGUAAAACUUUCGCACUAGAGAUCUUGGCUACUCAAAGAUAUUGUGCUAUAGUACAUAAAGAAGACAUAGGUUUAAGGAUUAUAAAUGCAAAUUAAUGGGAUUAUAUAUACAUAUAUAUAUAUAUAUAUAUAUGAUUAUUAAUUAGAAAUUUAAA